GCUGGCUGGACGUGAGCGGUGCUGCCGGCAGAACAGUUUCUAAACGUAUCAGGGCACUCAGUUGUAUACAGACCUUCAGCUAUGGAGGAGCACAACACAGGGGCUGGGAUCCCCAAUGUCUUACUGCGGGCAGACUUUCCAGAAGUACAGCCCACUAGCAGCAGUAGGAAGAGGCGAUGUGAGCGCUGGGUACUGAGCCUGACUCAGACGGAGCUGCACCUGCACAAGGUGAACUCAGAUUCGAGCGCUACCCACAGGCUCGCGCUGGCCGACUGCAUUGGCUGCAGAACGUUCCGCGAGGACGGGGACAACCAGGUGACAAUAUGCUUCAGUGCCGUGUUUUACCCCCUGCGCAAGAAGGGCAGGGGACCAUCUGCCACCUCCUCUAGGAAAAAGGUCGUCAAAACCUUUCGAGUUGACUCUUUCGAGAUCUUUGAGAAGAACCAGGAGAUAGCCGACAUUUGGGCACGAAAGAUCAAGGAACUUUCAGCAUUGUCUCUUGAUGUGACAGAUGGUUUAUUGUAUGGAAUCUUGCCUCAGCCUAGCAGAGUUCUGAUUUUGUUGAACCCCCACAGUGGAAAGGGCCAGGCUUUGCAGUUGUUUCAUUCUCAAGUGCUUCCUAUGCUGAAUGAAACUGAAAUCCAACACAAACUGAUAGUGACAGAGCGACAGAACCAUGCCCAUGAACUAAUCCAAGAGGAAGAUCUGUCUCUGUGGGAUGCUGUGAUCAUCAUGUCCGGAGAUGGACUAAUGUAUGAGGUACUGAAUGGAAUAAUGAAGCGGCCUGACUGGGAAACCACGAUUAAGAAGCCACUAGGUAUCCUUCCAGGGGGCUCAGGGAAUGCACUAGCAGCAUCUAUCAAUCAUUAUUCUGGGCAUGACAAUGCUGUUGAUGAAGAUCUCCUAAUUAACUGCACCUUCUUCAUAUGUAAAGGACUCACUGCUCCAAUGGACCUGGUUUCUGUAACCACGUCCCAUAGGCAUAUGUUCUCAUUUUUAGGUGUAGCUUGGGGAUUCAUUAGUGACAUUGACAUUGAGAGUGAGAAGUACCGCACAAUUGGUUCAGCUCGCUUCACAGUGGGGACUUUCAUUCGACUGACAUCACUAAGGGUUUACAGAGGACGUCUGAGCUACUUGCCUGCAAAUGACGACACAGGAAAACAAUGCAAAACCUCUGUAGACUUAGAGGUAAAUGGUUUCUGCCACAGUUUAAGCUGUAAACAGAGCACAAGCACACCAAAUGUUAACAGCCAGCACAUGUACAAUGCCUGCAACUCCAAUAACUUGAUGAAAAGCCACAGCAGUGAUUCCAGUAUUCCAUUUUCAAAGACUACAGUUGCUUCAGGACCACUAGAUUCUUUGGCACCUCCCUUAAGCAAGCCUGUCCCAAAUCACUGGACAGUGAGUGAGGAGCAGGAUUUUAUUUUAGUGCUUGCACUGUACCAGUCACACCUUGGAGACCAAUUUUUUACUGCCCCAAUGGCACAACCAAAUGAUGAAGUUAUUCACCUCUUUUAUGUGAAGGCUGGUAUCUCCAGGACUUCCCUUUUGAAACUUUUCCUGGCCAUGGAGAAGGGAACUCAUCUGGAAAGUGGCUGUUCUCAUAUUGUUCAUAUCCCUGUGAAGGCAUUUCGACUCGAGCCAUUCACUCCAAAAGGGAUUAUUACCGUAGAUGGUGAACAAGUUGAAUAUGGACCCAUCCAAGCUGAGAUACACAGUAGGCUUGGCAGAUUCAUCUCUGGGGUGUGCACUUGAAGAUGAUUUAUAUUUACGGAACUGUGGCUGUGCUUCUUGUAAGCCAGUUAGCCUCCUCAGAGGUAUAAAUGUUCACAAAAUAAUCUCUGUUUAUAAGGUGUUCACCAUGAGUGCUGAGGCUCAUUGUGCAAAAAUGUGAAAUGAUAUAAGCUGAGUACUUGUAAUGUUUAAAAGAGGGACCAGAUGUAGAUCCGGCAGCUGUCUUUAGGUACUGAAACAGUUCAAAUGUGCAAACAUCUAGAGUAGAGAAAUCUUUUACCUUGAGACUAAUAUUAAUAACAAGUAUAUUAAUCUGAAAAUUAAGGGCUUCUUCUGAACAAAAAGUAGAGAAAUAUACUUCAGGGCAUGCAACUGCUGUAAAGAAAACUAACCCGAUGGUAAAGAAUAUGUGUGUGUGUGUGUUUUCAGGUUGUACUUCUACAUUGUCAAGCAACUAAGCAUAUGUUUCUGGGUUUGUUUAGUACUGUUGGUGAGAAUGGGGGUAUGCCACCUAAACACAAUCACUUAGUAAUUAUUUUAUCUGCAGUUCACAGCACUAGCCAGUUUAUGAAAACACACUAGUUUCCCUUUUGUACAAAUCUUUUUAUUUUAUAUCUGUUUUUAGUUUCCUGUAUUUUCUUAUCCUCAUGAGGAUAAGUGGUUACAGGAUGGUGACAGUAGCCAUCAGCCUGUGUCCCUGGUCUGUAUCCUGUUGGACCACUAUGCGAACUUUUCCAUUAUGUGACUCAUUUCUCAGUAACUACAAGAACACGAUGCAGCUGAUGUUUAUAUUACAUUCUUUUAGAACAUGCUGUCAUAAGUUAUUGCUUCCUAGUUCUUAUUUUUAUGGCUGGCUGUUAUUUGUACACGUAUGAGUACAGUCAUAGGUUUGCCAUUUGGUAUUGGAAUGUCUAGAGGGAAUACUUUUGUAGAUUAAGCUUUAACAAGGUAUAAAACACACAGUAUUAUAACUCUGCCUCAGAGCAUUAGCAGAUAUGAAGCAGUGACUCAUUUAUGACAGCAGUGACACAUUUAUGACAGCAUACCUUAAGCUGAGAGUAUGACAAGAUGCUGGGCAUCUGGAAAUAUAAAGACUGCUUGUAAUCUCCUACAAGGAACAUACAUAUAUUUAGCAAUAUACCUGGAUCUAGUAGUACUUUAACGUCUGGAAAGUCACAAGGCCCGGGGGCUACAAGAAAAUGCCUUCAUUGGGAAUGUACUUGCAAGGUUUAGAGCAGAGAUAAGCCCUGCACCAGUGAUUAUGCACCUUACAAAAGCUCCUACCUCAAACGUGCUUUGGCAGCUGUUCAGAUACCUUAAUUUUGGUUCCUUAACUCAGGAAUUAUAAGUAACUAAUCUAUGAUGCACUUUCUGAAAAGUAGUCAUAAAAUGAUGCUGUGUGGCAAGUUCAUCCUUAAGUGCCUUUAACUAGUAGCAUAUUUAUAUGCAUCAGAAUUCAACUUACAUACUGAGAAGUGUUACCACAUCUGCUAAAUAAUAAAAGACAAAUGCAUUUUUUGUUCAUGCAGCUAGCUGUGUGGGAAGAUUUUUUUCCUGCUUGACACUAAAUUCUGAAAGGCAGGCUCUGCAGCACUGACACUUUUGCUCCAAAUGUACUUUAGCUAAUCUAAGUUUACUCACUAGAUACAGAAACAGGAGAGGCUAACCAAGGAAUUUUGAGUUGAGCAGGCAAUGGUGACUCAACCAUUUUUUUUUGGGGGGGGGGGAUUCAAAUGGAUUCCCAGAGCAUGAUCAACAGGUGGCAGAGAGUCAGGUGCUUUAGCUCUAGGUUACUGUGUCUUAUGGUUCUACAGUUUCAAAUUUUUCAGUCAGUGGGUCUA